CAGAAGUCCGCGUUGAAGAGGAAAAGUCUACACAUAUCGACUACGAUCACAAUGGAUGAUACCGCCACCGAGUACCUUGCGAAGCACGGCCUAGCCGACAUAAUUCAGAAGCUCACUUCCGAAAAGCCUGAGGAUCCCUACAAGUUCCUCGUUGACAGCGUGUCGGCAUUGUCGCUGGAUGCCAAUGCUGCCCCAGAUUCUGGCGCUGGAGCUACUGAUGCUCCGGCCGCGGGUGUCUCCGCUUCUGAGACCGGCGCCAGUGAACAGGCGAGUGGUGAAAAUCAGCAAAAGAGAUCGAAAAAGAAAAAGAAAGAUAAGGUUGCCAAGAAGAAGCAAGGUCCGAAUAAGGGAGGAGGUGUCCAGGCCAAAAAGGCCGAAGAUGUUCCGCUCUGGUACGAACAGGUUAUUACCAAGUCAGAAAUGAUGGAAUAUUACCCAGUGAAAGGAUGUUACAUUUAUCGUCCUUGGGCAUACAAAACUUGGGGUGAGCACUGUGCAUUCACUUGGUGUCGUCUUUUUGAUACGAAACCUGUGGCAACAAGCGAUGAAACUUACCCAAGUGGUUGCACUUGUUCUUUUUCACAGAAAUUGUUCAGGGUUGGUUUGAUGGCAAAAUCAAAGAAUUGGGUGUUG